AUGCGCGUUAUGGAGCGCACGUUCCGGGAGCAGCUGUGCCUCCUGGUGCUGUGCCUGUCCGUCCUCACGGGAGACUGCAGACACAUCGAGAACAACGAGAUCUCCAAAGAUGAAUUGUUUUCCUUUUUCAACUCGGAACUUAGGAGAGAGACACCCGAGGAAUUAAUGUACCGUCGACCUUUACGUUGUGUGGACAUGGUCGCGCUGGAGGGUCAGUUCACCUUCACGGCGGAGCGUCCGCAGCUCAGCUGCGCCGCUUUCUUCAUGGCGGAGCCCAACGAGGUGAUCAGCGUGGAUUACGAGCACGUGGACGUGGACUGCAGCGGAGGUGACUUCAUUACGGUGUUCGACGGCUGGGUGAUGAAGGGAGAGAAGUUCCCCAGCUCCCAGGACCACCCGCUGCCUCUGCACGAGCGCUACGUGGACUACUGCGACUCGGGCUCGCUGAGGGGAAGCGUGCGCUCCUCCCAGAACGUGGCCAUGGUCUUCUUCCGCAUCCACAACGCCGGCAGCAGCUUCACCCUGACGGUCCGGAAGCACGUCAACCCUUUCCCCUGUAAUGUGAUCUCCCAGUCACCAGAGGGCAGUUACACAAUGGUGAUCCCGCAGCAGCACAGGAACUGCAGCUUCUCCAUCAUCUAUCCGGUGGAGAUCGACGUCUACGAGUUCAGCCUGGGUCACUACAACAAAUAUCUCAAGAGGUCCACGACCGGCUGCGCAGAAUCCGGGGAUUUCGUGCAGCUGCUGGGAGGAAGCGGCAUCGACACGUCGAAGCUGCUGCCGAUCACGGACCUCUGCGUCUCCUUCACCGGACCCACCCACAUGAAGAUCGGCUGCGAUAACACCGUGGUGAGGAUGGUGUCCAGCGGGAGGUUCGUCAGCCGGGUGUCCUUCAGCUACAAGCUGCUGAACAGCCAGGAGCUGCAGGCCAUCAAACUCAACAACGUGGAGGAUUUCUGUUUCAAUAACUGAUGUGACUUUCUCAAUUGUUACAUAAAAAAAUGUAAAAAACACCCGGCCGGCACCUCUGAUUGGACGAAAUGUCCGAAAUUGAAAUAUGUGGGCGUUAAAACUGAAUUAAAAACAAGAGAUGUGUUCAGAUGCAGUGAUAUAAUAUUACAUACUUUCAAUUCUCAUUUUAGUUGUUGCUCAAUAAAUCUUCAUGAGGUCUCCUUUUGUGUUUGAUGGGAUUGUUUUUUCUUUGUGUAAAGUGUACUUAUUAAGACUUAUGACAUUGUUAUUAUAUUACAUAUGAGUUCACGACUCAUCCUUCUGAUUAUUUUGCUGAUUGACACAUGAUGUGCUGAGUCCUGCCACAGAUGGGUCACGUAGAGGGAAACGGGUCAAUAUAAUAAGUACAAGUGUUCAUUGCCAUUACAGAGUUACAUUUGUACAAAAUACUUUUUUGUAAUAAAAUUAUAGCGCAUGACAAAGCA